AUGACCCACGUGCUUUACUUUGGGAAGACACUUGCCAAUUUGCAAACUGAAAGUCUUCGAAAUCAAUAGCAGAUAUUAACAAGAGUAUGUUUUCCAGAGAAUGUGUUCUCUAGUGAUCCAAAGAAAUAGAAUAAAGGUGGAGAACAAUAACUUACCUUUAUCAAAGUGAUUUGUUGCCAAAAUAUCAUAUUCCUCCUUGAUAACAAAUCUGAACUAUGGGCUUUUGGAAUGUCAUAAGAAGGUUAACUGGGAAUUAGAAUAAGUAGCCUAAUGUAUCCAGUCAAUAUAUCAUAAGUGUUCGAUAAUAAAGUUAAAUUAAUGACUGCAUCAUAAAACUUCGUAUCAGUACUUACAAUAAAAAACCAUUUGUACAUUUGGGGCAAGUUUGAAGAACUAAACUUAGGAGAUCAUAUCAAACCGAAAAAGAUUGAAUUUACUAAGUCACUGGAUAGGAGGUAUGAAUUCAAUUGUUCGGAUAUCACAUAAAUUCUAUAACAGCAGUCUGCCUCAGCUCUUAAUGAAGAAAUUUUACAACUGCAUUCAACAAAUAACACAUUAUAUAUCUUGAGUAAAGAGCAUUUAGAUGUUAUAUCAUAGCAACCACAUAUGAUCACAUAAAAGUUUGUGGGUUUAGCUUGUAAUCAAAAUCAUGCCUUGGCGUGGGAUAUCGAUGGAAGAGUCUGGAGUUGGGGUUAAUAUGCGGAUGGCAAAUUAGGCUACAUGAGUUUUGAACAAACAUACUAGAGUUCUCCUAAAUUGGUUGACACCCUUUAGAAUAGAGUUCUGCAAUGUGCAUGCGGCAUAAACUAUAGUUUAGCUUUGGAUGUGAAAGGUGAUAUCUUCGGGUGGGGAAAGGGUCCUUUCAAAAUGGAAUUGUUGAAAGCAACCAUUCCAACUAAAUUAAUAUAGAAGAAUAAAUCUUUCGUUAAAGUAGUUGCAGGAGAUGAGCAUUUUGGUGCUUUGGACAUGAUUGGUCAAUUGUAUGUGUGGGGCUUGAAUCAUAAGAAUUGUUUGAGCUAAUUAGAUGAGGAAGUUCUCACACCAACCUUAUUUGAAUUGGCUGGAGUCAAAAUUAUAGAUGUAGCCAUGGGCCCGUUUUGUACAGUUUUGAUUAUCCCAGCAGAUCGGUUACAGAAAUUGCCUAAUCUAAACUUGGAUUCAUUUACUAUACAAUAAAAGAAAUGCUUCCUGGAGGAAGCUAACCUAAUUAGAGACUUUACUGAAAGAAGAAAUAGACAAGCCCUAGCAUCUAUGCUCAGUCCGGUUUAAAACAAAAAUCCCAUUUAAGAUGAUACAGAAUUUGAUAAGGCCAAUGAAUUAAUACAUCAAAUGUAAUUGCGUUUGGACACUCCUCAAUACAAACAGACAGUUAGCACUCCUCACCAUUUUCAUUCUUUGGCUAAUAAUUACAGUUCUCCCUACAAAUCUCUGAAGUCUCCCAUUUCCUUUGAUAAAAUUCAAGGUAAGCUUACCAAACUUGAACGUAGCAAUCCUCUCUACUUACCAAUUUUACCUCAUUUAUAAUAUACCAAAGCUUCAAUUGAUGAAGAUGUCAAUCUCGAAAAUCUUAUUAGAACAGAUGAUGAUGAACUUAAAUACAGAUACAUCCAAUUAGUUAAGUAAAGUAGCGAAGAUUAAAUAUUAAUGUAAUUGUUGGACGAUAAAAUAAAUGAAAAGCCUUAGAAUGAGCGUGUCGUUAAUUAAUAAACAUUUAGAAGGAAGUAAAGGACAGAACCUAAAGAAAUUAGAUAUAAUGACAAAUUUGAUAGGCUUGAUCCUCAUUUGCUGUAAAACGUUAGGAAAGAACUUGCUGAUAUCAGUAAAGACAGAUGGAAAUAGUAUUAGAAAAAGAAAAAGAUUAAGGAGAAUAAGAUUAAUUUUCUUAAAACCAAAUUUUAAGUGACAAAGUUCGAAUAAAUUUCAAAAGAAGAAUAAAUUGAAUCUACUAGAUUGCAAGCAGUUGAAAAAAAUAUCAAGGCCUAAUAUACUGUUUUGAGGAAGGAAGAAAAAUUGAAGACCAAAAUGGAAGGAAUUCAGAUAGAAUCUCAUGAAAAUCAAUAGGAUUCUUAAAUCAAAAAAAGAGUUGAAAUCAAAAGGGAAAUAGCAAGACAGUAUGCAUUGAAUGCCUUGUUGAAAUAUCUGAAUUUUGAAAGUUUUUGUCAAAUGUUACAGGAAGCAGCUGAAAGAGGAUUACAAAAAAAGAAAUUAUUGUUCUAAGCUAACAAUAAAGCCAAAAUUAUUCAAAAGGCUAUUCGCAAAAGAAAUAUUAUUAAAACAAUCAACAACAAGCUAGGAGUUAAAUCAAAAAAGAUAUUGUUAUCCUUUAUUUUUAGGAUCAGGAUGUCCAUUAGGAUUAAAAAGAAAAGACUCAUUUUUAGAAAGAUUAAUUUACAUAAAUUAAAAUCAUCAAUUUUUCUAAAAGUUCGAACCAAUCUUAACGUGAUGGUCAAGGCAACGAAAAAUAUGUAACAAUUCUGUAGAUAUUAUAAUCAAAUGAUGAAAAUAUAAUUAAGUUAUUUAAAUUAUAAAUGGGAUGAAUACAUGAGAUAAGAAUUUAAAGGUAUUAUAAUAGAUAAAGAAAAGGAAGAAUAGAAGCUUAAUUAAUUACAAAGUCUGAAUGAAAAAUAAAUAUAAAUAAUGAAAUAAUUAUCUUAUCCUCUAAAGUCUCAGAAAGCCCUCUUUAAGGAAAUUGUAUUGUAUAAAAAACCUAAAUUAAAACUUGAUAUAUUAAGAUUAAAUCUACUGAAGAAGAUACCAACCAAAAUAAUCAAUGAAGAUGAGUAAAAAGAAGUAAAAUUCAAUUAUAAUAAUGUGUUGUUUCCUUAUACAAAGUAUGUGGACAAUAUUGUAAUUCCAUAAAAUUUAAGAAUAAGGUUUGAUUAUUAAGAAAUUUAGCUUUUAAAUGUCUUAGAGAAAAUUAAUUUAGAGGAAGCUAAAUUAAAAUUAGAAAUUUUGUAAAAUUAUUAAAAGAUGUAAAUAAAGAAUCACAUCUAAUAGUGUAUGAAUUAUUUUUCAGCACUCCUUGAUUAUAAAUAAAAGAACAAAGUGCUAAUUGCAACAGAAAGAAUGAAAUUGAUGUCAAAACUAUCAUCUGAUGAAGUUAAGUAAUUAAAAUAAAAGGAGGAAUAGGAGUACAGGAUGAUGAUAGAGAAAAGAGAAAUCAAUAUGAAAAGAACUCGAUUAAAUGGCUCUAUGACUAAAGAAAAUAUUUUCGAUAAAAUUAGAUAAUUUUCUUCUGAUAGUUAUCCAUUCCAAAUGCUUACCUACAAGUUGGUUGUCUAUCUAAGUCAGAUUGAAUAGCCCAAAUUGUAAAUUGAAUUGACUCACAAAGAGUGGGUUCGCUUAAUGAAAAAUUAUCAUUCAGAUUUUAAAAUCAGAUUAUAGUCAAUAAUGAGUGAGGCCAGAAGUGCAGCUGCAUAUAAAGCAAGACAGAUUAAACGAUCUCCGACAAUUUAAUUAAAAAGAUCUCCCACAAUAGGAUCAAAGACAUUUUAAUCCAAGAAAUUAAUUGAUUGA